AUGUCGUCUGGAUUGAAGCCGUUGCUGCUUCCGCGGCUCGUGGAAGAGAGGAGGAAGCUGGAACAACACGAAAGCGACGGCGAGCUGACAUCCCUAAACCACAUCUACGACUCAUCUUCGUCCGACCUUACUUCACCUUCGCCUGUCGCAUCGACGUUUUCACGCACCAACCACUCGAGGUUCUCCGGUUCCUCUUCCUCGCUCGAGCUCACUUUCCAUCCCUGCACCGACAGUCCGGCUUCGCCCACGCAGUCGCUGCACGCGAGCAGACCCAGCAAAGCGCAGCUCCCAGACGUGGAAGAGGAGCCGCCAGAGAGGGAAGAGGAGGAAGAACCCGCGACCCCGCCCAAGCACGUCGACCGCGAAUUCGGAUUACCCAACUACUGCUUGUGUGAUGUUCCUUGCUCCCACAAUGGCGACCCUGCGCAAGGCACAGUCAUGUAUUCUUACAUGACCUCCGAUUUGGACUACGACCUCGGCUUUCUCAGUGAUGGCGACUUCAACGCGAAUCCCCGGCAGAAAAAGAGGCGCCAUGGCUCCGAUGCAGGCUUCUCAACCUGGAGCACGAGGCUCGGGUCGAGAUUACCGAGCUUGCCCCGCUGGCGAUCCUCAUCUACUUCCCGUCGCCAUGACCUAACCUUUUCCCCUGCUUCGGAUCCUUCUCUGCCGGAACCGCGCCCGAGCUUCUCUUUCGCCGCUUCCAGGAGGUCUUCUUCCAUCUCGGGCCGAGACCCCCGCGACCAAGAUUCGGUGCCCGCCACCCCGGCCCUUUCGUUCUACGGGAGCUCCGAAAGCGUUGUCUUACCCCCGCCCCUCGACGACGUGCCGGCGACUCUUGGGAUGAGGGUAGCGCGUGAUCGCGCCAACGCUACAACACCGCUCUUACCGCCGUUGGUGAUUGAGUCCGUCGUGAGCCCUACGCAGACCGCCCCGUCUCUUCAGACGUCUCCCUUGCAGUCUCCAUCCAUGAUUCCGUCGCCGGUUCCCGAGCUGCCGGCAGUUAAGACAUUCCCCACGCCGCCCCUCAGCGGCAAGCCCUCCGCCUCUUCCCUGCGGCGGCGAGGGACCAUCUCAAGCACAUUCGGCGAUGCGCCGUCUCCCAUUCCCUGUUGCUUCGACCACCAAGACUCCUGGUCCGACCGCCUCGGCCACGCAAAUUUCACCAUCGAGCCUAGGCCAUACGUCGCGGAGACGGUGGACCUCGCGACGCUCCAAACCUUUCGCGCCGAUUGGAACCUCGCCAGGACAAACUACGCAAAGCACCUGGUGCGGACCGGGGAACACUACGGGUCGACGUCAAAAACGUACGCCCUGACGCAAGCCAAGUGGGCCGAGCUCGAGCUGGAAUGGCAGCGGAACGAAGACGACCUUGUCCAACGGCUCGGCGAGCUGUGGAAGGGCGAUCCGUCGGUGAUCUCGCAGCUGCGGCGGCGCACGGCCGAGGAGAAGCUCCCGCCGCCGCCGUCCAUCCCCCAGAUGCUGAGUGACGACGGCAAAUUUCCGGAGCUCGGCGACGUCGAGAUUGUCGGGCCGAUGGUCCGCGAGGCGGCCAUGGUCCGCGAGGGCGGCGGUCAGGACGAUAAGCGGAACAGUGCGUCGGUCUGGCUCAAGAACCUGGCUGGGAAGGUCGGAUUACGCAAAUGA